AUGUCGUAUUUUGAACCUGAAAAGAUUAUGAAUAAUGAUCUGUUUAAUCAGCCUAAACAGAUUCCAGAUUCCUCUCUUGCACCGAGUGAAUCAUCGAACCGAGACAAACUGGACCUGUCGACGACGACAUCAUCGUCCUCUAGAAGUUUUUCAUGCAGGUACUGUUCUAGAAAGUUCUCGACUUCUCAGGCUUUAGGUGGGCAUCAAAACGCUCAUAAACAAGUGCGGAACGAUGAAAAAAGAGGCCAUCAUAGUGGUUAUCAUGACAUUAAGAACUACAAUGUACUUCCAUCUUUGGAGCACUUAAACUACUAUCAUCCUUACUCAACUUACCAGCCUCAUCAUAGCCCUUUAUAUGGCCAUAACGUCCCCUCCUGGCCCGGGGUCACGCCCUAUGAAUAUAAACCACGAAUGAAUGAUUCACAGCAUUCAACAUCCUUGUUCGAUAGAGAGAGUGGACUGAGAGAUUUUCUGGGAGGAGGUUCUUCGUUGCAGCCAAAACAUAAUGUGGAUUCUGGGAAAAGGAAGUUCACCAGAGUUGGGCGUGGUCAAGAGGAAGAUGCUUCGGAACUUGAUUUAAAUCUUAAGCUAUAA